CAAAUAACCGGAAGUGAGGUUUUAACUGUCGUAAGUGGUUUGUUGAUGUUUGUGUCAAACUCUCGGACAUUCUGUCGGAGAAGAACCGCGGAGAUUCGAGGGAUAUUAAUUAGGCGACACUAUAAAACGAUAGUGAUAAGUAUUUAAACGAGCGAGUCUUGGAGCACAUGUCUACCUUGCUUGGCAACAUAUUUUCAAGAGCUGUUAGCCGUCAGCUGUUGUUCUGUAUGAACUAGCGAUAGCUAACUACAGCUAGCUAUGACUAUUCUUCCAAAGAAGAAACCUACUUCGACCGUCGGAGUGACCGACCACUCAGACGACCCUGACAGGCGCAGUACCUCCGACCCACACCCCCAUGCGCAUCAGCUCGCUAAUCGAACGGGGUCAAGACCCCGGGCCUCUCCUCCGCCGUGGCCCUACCAGGCCGCGCCUCACACGUCAAGAGAGGACCGGCGGAUCGAGACGACCUCCCGGCCCCAACAGGCCUCUCCGCAGCCGGUGGUGGCUGGCUCCUCAGUCAGCCCAGGUGAAAGUAGUACUGCCGCGGCAGUGACGUGUGCGGUGGGGACGCGUGGAGAGCUCGCGUGCGGCACUGCCGUCGGUAGCUGUUGCUCAGGACCCGGUCUUAGCAAGAGGCGACGGCAAACCGCGUGCACUAGCAGUUUACCAGGAGGCGGCGGCGGGGGUCCCGGGACCGACACGGAGGAGGGAGCCGGUGGAAACAACAGCGAAGACGAGUACGAGAACGCCGCAACUCAGCAAAGCGUGGACCCAGCGACGGCCGAGCAGCAGGAGCAGUGGUUUGAGAAGGCGCUGAAAAAGAAUGGAUUUACCAUCAAGAAGAUGAAGGAGGACGGAGCGUGUCUCUUCAGGGCCAUAGCUGACCAGGUGUACGGGGACCAGGACAUGCAUGAUGUGGUGCGGAAACACUGUAUGGACUACCUGGUGAAGAAUGAGGAACACUUCUCCAGCUACGUCACAGAGGACUUCACCACCUACAUCAACAGGAAGAGGAAGAGCAACUGCCAUGGCAACCACAUCGAGAUGCAGGCCAUGGCAGAGAUGUACAACCGACCGGUGGAGGUGUAUCAGUACAGCACAGAGCCAAUCAACACGUUCCACGGUAUCUAUCAGAACAAAGAUGAACCAAUCCGAGUCAGUUACCAUGGCAACAUCCAUUACAACUCAGUGGUGAACCCCAACAAAGCGACCAUCGGCGUGGGGCUGGGCCUCCCGUCAUUCAAACCAGGGUUUGCGGAUCAGUCCCUGAUGAAGAGUGCCAUUACGACGUCAGAGGAGUCGUGGAUCGAGCAGCAGAUGCUGGAGGACAAAAAGAGAGCGACGGACUGGGAGGCCACCAACGAGGCCAUCGAGGAACAGGUGGCCCGGGAGUCCUACCUGCAGUGGCUGCAGGACCAGGAGAAGCAGGGGCGCCAGCCCCGUAAGGCGAGCGCGGCGUGCAGCUCUGCGUCCGCAGCCUCCUGCAGCGCCUUCGAUGAUUGGAGCUGCCGCUCCCCUCGCCAGAGAAGCUCCGCCCCUUCGCCGGAGCACCCGGGUCCCGCCCACUGUGACCCCCCCACCAAGCUGCCGCUGCCCAAACCCCCAUCACCCUGUGCUCCAGGACCCAGCAGCCAGUUGUAUGUGCCCCAGGAGCGCUCCUCCACUUCCUCCUCUCCUCUGGUGUCUCUGUACCCCACUCUGGACUACCGCACCAUCAUGCAGAUGUCUCCCACAGCAUUCGGCGUGUCGGACUGGGAGGAGGAUGCCAUCCUGGCGUCGGUGCUGGCCGCCUCUCAGCAGGAGUAUCUGGACAGCAUGAAGAAGAAUGCGCUACACAGAGAGCCCUCCCCCGACACCAGCUGAUGCCCCUCCCCCUCCCCAGACACCAGCUGAUGCCCCUCCCCUUUCCCCUGAUGCCCCUCCCCGUCCCCUGACCUCCGACCCGCUCCUGUAUUCUCUUUUCUUUCUUCCCCUCCUCAUCAGUCCUGCGCCAUCCUCAUCCUCACCCUCAGGCGGCUGUACAUUCAUCCCCUUCUCAUCGCUCUCUUCCCCUCCUCCCCUCCCCUCCCUUCAUCCCCCCCUUCAUCGAUUGCUUUUCUUCUCCUUUCCUCUCUUUUCUGUUGUUGGGUCUAACUGACGUUCUCUCUCUCUCAAUAAAGGACACAAUCCGCUCCUCCACACCUAGCUCUUCACUAAUGUCAGAUUAAAGAUCUUUACUCAACCCAG